AUGAUGUCUGGCGUCGUUCUCCUCGUAGUCGUCGCACUGGCGAGUGCGACGGCCCUGCCUCCAACAGGGCGGUACAGUCCCGACUGGGCGUCGCUGGACACCCGGCCAACGCCGUCGUGGUUCGACGAGGCCAAGGUCGGCGUCAUGAUCCACUGGGGCGUCUACUCGGUGCCUAGCUUCGGCGGCGAGUGGUUCUGGCACAAGUGGCGCGAAGGCAAGGAGCCGAAGUACGCCGAGUUCAUGCAGCGCAACUACAGGCCCGGCUUCACGUACCAGGACUUUGCGCCGCAGUUCACGGCCGAACUGUUCGACCCGGACCGCUGGGCCGACAUCUUCGAAAAGUCGGGAGCUCGGUAUGUGGUGGUGACGAGCAAACACCACGACGGAUUCACACUGUGGCCGUCAAAUGCGUCGACCAACUGGAACUCUCAGGACGUCGGACCUCACCGGGACUUGGUGGGAGAGUUGGCAAGCGCCGUGCGGCGCAAGCAAGGAAUGCGCUUCGGCGUGUACCACUCGAUGUUGGACUGGUACCACCCGCUCUAUCUGGCCGACAAGGAGACGGGCUUCACGAGGGCCCGCUUUCCGCAAGCCAAGACCCUACCGGAACUGAGGGAACUUGUGGAGAGGUAUCAUCCCGACGUAUUAAGGACUGAUGGGGACUUGGAAGCCCCGGAAUCAUACUGGAACAGCACCGCCUUCCUCGCGUGGCUGUUCAACGACAGUCCCGUUCGGUCCACGGUGGUGGUCAAUGACAAUUGGGGCAAGGACGUUCGAUGCAAGCACGGCGACUCCUUCACCGCCUGCGGCGGCGAGCAGGGAAUCCUGCAGCAGCACAAGUGGGAGCACUACGUGCCUGUGGACAAGACUUCCUGGGGCUACAGGCGCGAAGCCAGCCUGUCAGAUUACUUCACAACCCGAGAGCUUAUCGAGAAACUCGUAAGCACCGUCAGCUGCAACGGUAACCUGCUCAUCAAUGUCGGCGCCACCAAGGAAGGCACCAUCACGCCAGCCUUCGAAGAGCGGCUGUAUGAGCUGGGAAGAUGGCUGUCCGUUAACGGCGAAGCCGUCUACGGAUCGAAGGCGUGGAAACACCACAGGGAUGCGGCAUCGCCGAACGUCUGGUACACGACCAAUGGGGACACUGUCUACGCAUUCGUGCUGAGUUGGCCAAAGGACGAAGACCUGUACUUGCAGUCGCUGGAAUUGUCGUCGGGAAGCAAGAUCACGUUGCUCGGCCUCUCUGGUGAGCUGAAGUGGACGGCAGCUAACGGCCAGGGCACGAUUGUUCACUUUCCAAAGCUCACGCCGGACAAGCUGCCCACUCCGUGGGCCUUGGUGUUGGCGGUCCAAGCUGCCGUCUGAUUUUUCCCCC